GUUGUGGCCGUUUUUCAUUUUUGGUCCCGUGUGGUUCUCGUUGUGCGUGAGCGGGAUCGUCUCUGCUCUUGCUCCCUCGCCUUUCAGCGUGCGGCGGCAGCCUCUGAGCAGCGAAUGCCGCCUUCUCUGAUUUUUGGAGCUUUUGGGUCUGGAAUAGCUCGCGACUGGGCAAUGCGGUUUCUACUUUUGUUGUUUCGGUUUGGCGAUGAUCUAAUCGGAGAGAAGAUCGUGAAAUUAGAACAGCAUUAGCGUCUUAGUCACCUUCUCUUCAGGCAUCUUGAAUUCUUUUGUUUCCGGGGGUGUCCGUCGUUGAGACUUGAAGCUGUUUUUCAUCUUAUCAUCCAGCGAUAACGCAUGCGGGGACACGGGGCACGAUCUCGAGCACAUCUUUGGGAUCUCUGACAAGAUAAGAUAUUCGAAUCAUGUGAUGGAUGGUACAUUCUGUAUUUGAAUGGAUUUGUGGGCCUCAGUUGUGAGAGAUUAGGCUUGGUGGGAAUUGACGGUGGUCCGAGAUGAGUUGGAACAUGGAUGUUCAAUAUGUUAACACUGCCUAUCCUUACAAUACGUCUGGAAGUUUUAUGGAGUAUUUUGAGGGUCUUACUUAUGAACACGUGAAUUUCAUAUUUUCUGGUGCUUCUCAUGCUCAGGAGAGCUUAUAUCCAUCGGUGAACACGAACUACUAUAAAAUGGGUUCAUCAGAAUAUGGUACUAAUUACUCAUAUUACGACUAUGGUCAUUCAUAUGAGGUGGAUGGUCAUGGACCAGCCUAUCAUGAGACUAGAAGGCCUAUGGUUAGCCCCUCAAUGACUAAUGAGCAGACUACUGCUGUAAGCAGUGGAUGGGAGGGGAAUGCAAAUAGUGGAUCUCGUGACCACUCUGCAGCAUGUCCACGAAGGCAUCACAAUUCACAGGAUUAUCAGGUCGUUUGGCAAGACAACGUAGAUCCUGACAACAUGACUUACGAGGAGUUACUUGAGUUAGGCGAGACCGUUGGAACUCAGAAUCGAGGUCUUUCUCAAGAACAUAUAAGUCUGCUUCCAAUUUCCAAAUACAAGCGUGGUUUUUUUUCCAGGAGAAGAUCACGAGAUGAGAGAUGUGUGAUUUGCCAGAUGGAAUAUAAACGAGGAGACCGGCGUAUGACCCUUCCUUGCAAGCAUAUCUACCAUGCUGGCUGCGGUGCCAAAUGGCUCAGUAUCAACAAGGCUUGCCCUAUUUGUUACAUUGAGGUGUUCGUGGAUGCAUCAUCAAAAAGAGUAAAAAGUAAUCAUUGAUGAACACAAAGGGAAAUUCUCAUUUCUUUUGUUCGUUUCUCGAGUUUGGGUGCUCUCUUGCACCAUAGAGGUUUGUUCGUUGCACCUUGCUUAGUAAAACAUUGGGUUUUACUUGAUAUGAAAGCUGAGCUAUGAAGUAGGUACAGAAAUGGCUGUCAGAUAGCUGGAGUUUGUGUUUCCUAUGAAUUUUCAGGUUGUUUUUACCUAGUUGGCUGCAUUCUUCCUCAUGAACUUUAUGAUGCAUUUGUAUGU